CAGCCACGGGGUGUGUUUACUACUGUGCCAAAAGAGAAGACGUCAAAGAUAACAGUGGUCAAGGUGUUGUCAUUGAAAACCCUUAUAAAACCCCUCAAAUCUCAUUCAUCCACAGCUGGCUUUCAAACAGGGCUCAAGUGCACACCUAAAGUUUAGGUAACUUGAAUUCAUGCAAAUGAAGGAGCUGCGCCUGCUGUAUGCGCUUACAUUGCCGACUAGUUGAAAAGCUAAAAGACCAUGGAGUGGGUACUUGGUACUGCUUUGGUUCUCACUGUGGCACUUGCUGUGCUGUUCGUAAAAGGACGCUUCGAGAGGAGAUUGAAGAGGUCCAAUCUCCCCAACAGCCUGCCCGCGUUCCCUCUAAUUGGGAGCCUGCUGAGUCUGAGAAGCGACCUGCAGCCACACAUUCUCUUUCAGCGGCUGCAGGAGAAAUACGGCAACAUCUACUCGCUCAUGAUGGGGCCUCACUAUGUGGUGAUUGUGAAUAACUACCAGGAUGCCAAAGAGGUUUUACUGAAGAAGAGCAAAAUCUUUGCUGGGAGACAAAGAACUGUGACUACAGACAUUCUAACCAGGGAAGGGAAAGACAUUGCGUUUGGAGACUACAGCCCGGCUUGGAGGUUUCACAGGAAGAUGGUGCACUCGGCGUUCAGCAUGCUUAGCGAAGGCUCAACCUCAAUCGAGAAAAUAAUCUGUAGAGAAGCCCGCUCCAUGUGCCAGACCCUAUCCGACCUCCAGAGUACAGCCAUCGACCUGGCGCCUGAACUGACCCGCGCUGUCACCAACGUGGUGUGUUCCUUGUGCUUCAACUCAUCCUAUCAACGCGGGGACCCCGAGUUUGAAUCCGUGCUCCAAUACAGCCAGGGGAUCGUGGACACCGUGGCUAAAGGCAGUCUGGUAGACAUCUUUCCCUGGCUUCAGAUGUUCCCCAAUGAAGACCUCAGGAUACUAAAAGACUGCAUUGCGGUCAGGGACACGCUCCUGCAGAAGAAGUAUGACGAACACAAAGCUGACUACAGUGAUGGUGCAGAGAAGGACCUGCUGGAUUCCCUCCUGCGAGCCAAGCUCUGCUCCGAGAACAACAACACGCGAGCAAGAGAAGUGGGGCUGACAGACGACCACCUGCUCAUGACCGUGGGAGACAUCUUCGGGGCUGGAGUCGAGACCACCACCACUGUCAUGAAGUGGGCCGUCGCUUACCUCCUACACCACCCGCAGGUCCAGAAGAAGAUCCAGGAGGAGAUUGACAGUACGAUUGGGUUGGACAGACACCCCAAUCUGAGUGACAGGGGCAGUUUGCCCUACCUGGAAGCAACGAUACGGGAGGUGCUACGGAUCAGACCGGUCUCCCCCCUCCUCAUCCCUCAUGUGGCCCUCACACACUCCAGUAUUGGUGAUUUUACUAUCCCGAAAGGAACUCAAGUCAUUAUUAACCUUUGGUCCUUGCAUCACGAUGAAAAGGAAUGGAAAAACCCAGAUGUAUUUGACCCUGGUCGCUUUCUAGAUGAAGAGGGGAAGCGAGUCUAUUCUCCCUCUGCCAGCUACCUCCCGUUUGGGGCAGGGGUCCGGGUGUGUCUGGGACAGUCACUAGCUAAGAUGGAGCUCUUCCUGUUCCUGGGCUGGAUGCUGCAGCGGUUCACCCUGGAGGUACCAGCCGAUCAGCCCCUGCCUAACUUACAGGGCAAAUUCGGAGUCGUCCUCCAGCCCCAGAAAUUCAAAGUGAACGCCAGACUUAGGGAUUCCUGGGUGAACACUGAAAUGUACCACUGAAUAAUUACAAAGACUGCAUUGUAUUAUAUAGUCAGUUCAGCUAAGUGCAUUGCUACCUGAACGUAUAAAAAUAAAUGAAGGGAAAUAUUAUAUAAAUCAUACAUUGAAUAAACAUAUAAUUAAACACUUAAUUUAAUAAUGUUUAGGAUUAUCCCCCCUCCCUUCAAUAAAUAAAACAAAAACUGAAGCAUUUAAAAUCUCCUGUGUAAUAAAGUACAAUUAAUUGUC